AUGAACAUCCUUUUCCUUUGCACCGCGCACAACUCGCUGUCGCAGCGACUGUAUUUAGCGCUAUCCAAGUCUCACACCAUCACUAUCGAGUAUGCCCUCUCAGACGAAGCCAUGAUUGAGGCGGCCAGGCUCGCCAAGCCGAAUCUCAUCAUCUGCCCGUUCCUCACCACUCGAGUCCCUAGCGAGGUCUACGAGACCUACCUGACCCUCAUCAUCCACCCCGGUCCCCCCGGCGACGCCGGGCCCAGCGCCUUGGACUGGGUGUUGAUGGGCGACGACGGAACGGAAGCCGACCCCGAGGCCCUCAUCCGGAACGGCACGUGGAGCGAGUUUGGUCGACCGUACUGGGGCGUCACUGUCCUCCAAGCCGUCGAGGAGUUCGAUGCCGGACCGGUAUGGGCCUUUGAGCAGUUCCCUUUACAGAUCGACUCCCCCGAUAUCACAAAGUCGAGUAUCUAUCGUGGUCCCGUCACGCGGGCCGCACUCACGGCCACUCUCGCUGCCAUUGAGAGAAUCCAAACCGCCUCGAUUCAAGCCGCUUCACCCUACACCCCUCCCCCUUCGCCCGGCUCUCAAAAGUUCGCCCCGCACCUUGUCACUCCUCUCAUCCAAGCAAAGCCCGCCUACCGCGACGCCUCGGUGACACUGCAGAAAGCCUUCCUUGGCGGGGUAACACGUCACCGUCCUCUGCUCAAGGCCGCCCAACGCGACUUUGACAUCCAGUCACACACGGCUCGCGAAAUAUCCCGAAGGAUUCGGUCGUCCGACUCCCAGCCGGGCUGCCUGACAACCUUAUUCGGCCCAGCCCUGUACGUCUACGGCGGCAUCGUCGAGGAGAGCGACGAGUUCGUCGGCCAGGCACCUCCUGGUGGCAUCGUCGCCUGUCGAGACGACGCCGUCUGCGUCGCGACGUGCGACGAAAAGGCCAUCUGGAUCACCCACGUCCGCCGCAUCAAGAAGAAGACGGACCCGAUGUUGUGGCCCAAGGUCCCGGCUGUCUCGGGUCUGCGGGAGCUGGACAUCCUCGGCGACGACGCCGUCGCGGAAAACCGCACCUCGCGGGCAACCAUCGACUGGUCGCGGGCCCCGCACAAUACCCAGCAAGACGUCUGGGUCGACUUCCAGACCUUUGCCGGGGCCAGGCGGGUUGCCUUCCUCUACUUUGACUUCUACAACGGCGCCAUGAGCACGGAGCAAUGCUCCCGCAUGAUUGACGCCCUCGACUUCAUCUCAUCCACCCAUGUUGUGGAACGGCCCCUUAGCGCCGUCGUGCUCAUGGGGGGUGACGGCUACUUCAGCAACGGCAUUGCACUGAACGUUAUCGAGGCUGCUGCGGACCCGGCUCUCGAGUCUUGGCACAACAUCAACCGCAUCGACGACGUGGUACACUACCUCCUGCACGAGCUGCCGUCACGCAACAUCCUUACCGUCGCCGGCAUCAGAGGCAACUGCGCGGCGGGCGGGGUCGCCAUGGCUGCCGCAUGCGACGUUGUCCUUGCUGGGUGCGAGGUCGUCCUCAACCCGGCAUACCGUGCCAUUGGUCUGCACGGCUCCGAAUAUCACUCCUUGUCAUACACCGGAAGAUGCGGUUCAGCUGGGGCCAGCAGGCUGCUGCGUGACAUGACACCACUUUCAACGACCGACGCUCACGCGAUGGGCUUGGUCGACCAUACUGUUCCCGGCUCUGGCGCCCUGCUCGACACCCGCAUGCGGGACCUCGUCAAGUCGUUGCUCUCUUCUGACGAAAAGCUGUCCCCGGGAUACUGGAAGAGCAGUGUCGACGUCACACCCGCUGGUCUGGCGCGCGCACGUGCCGAGGAGCUCGGAGAGAUGUCCAAGGAUUUCUGGAGCUCUAGGUCGCAGAGGUAUCACCUUCGCCGCCGGGACUUUGUUCGCAAGAUCAAGUCCGUCAAGACGCCGCUCCGGUUUGCGACACAUCGGCGCAGCGCCGGAGACCUUGAUGAAGAGGAGUCGGAUGAAUUCGACGACGUCUUGAGCUUCGAGCGCAAGGCGAGGGCAGCAUUGAUGGCCGAGCUGCUCAAGGAGUACAUGGAGAGCAUGUCAAUGACAACGCUUCCUCAACGGUCCGACGCCAGCCAUGGGAGCGCCUCACAUCAUUCCAGAAGAGCAAGUGAAAACGUGGGCAAGCGGGACUUGAGGCCCAUCUUUUCAUGUUACUACGAUGUCACAGCAACAUAA